AUGUCGUUUCGUGGGUUAGCUACCAUUAGACUGUUUGCUCCAGCAGAACAGCAAAGCGUCGCCAUCUGUGCAACCACACCAUGCCAUAACAAAAACAAAACCGCAGCAGAAGCAAAUAAAAAACAGCCGUCGACUGUCCAUUUACUGCCGAGAAGAAAGGACAGUGUUUUCCAGCUCUAG